CAGCAGCUGCUCUAUAAGUAGGACAACUUUCCCCGUGCCUUCAUCUUCCUCGCACUUUCUUAGCAAGGACUUUUUUUUUGUCAGACACCAUGAGUAAGUCCAGCACGCUGAAAGUAAAGGGCUUGUUCAAAUUAAAAUCACCUGAUAAAGACAGCAAGGAGCGGAAACGGCCGGGCUCCCUCAAAGAUGGAGCAGGGACCACCCCCACGGACAAGUUGGGGUCUUUACCGGCAAGUCCCGGUCCCCUCAGCCCGGGAGACAGCGACACAUUGCCCGGGGAUGUUUCGCCCUUUUCCCCGAAAGAAAAGAAGAAAAGGCGGCUGUUGCCGUUCAAGCUGAAACGAAAGAAAUCCAAGCACAAAGAAGAAGCAGGAGAGGUGUUCCUCCACGACACUGAUGAGCUGGACAGCUUCAACAGCCACAUGAGUUACGACCAGAUGAGUGUUUCCACAGAGUGCAGUUUCCGGACUGAAUCGGACUGGGACCAUCAUUCCAUGGAGUCCACCUCCAUGUUCAGCUUCGACAUGACUCAACCAUACUGCGCUACUAAGAAUUCGGAGGAGAAGAGGGGAAUGUUUGAUCGCCUCAGCAAUUUCUUCAACUCAAAGAGAAAGAAGAGCAGUAGUAGCAGGAAGCAUACAGACACAUUAGCUGAUGCAACGUCCCCGUCGUCCCCCUUGUCUCCAUGUUCACCCCAGUCUCAAAAGGAUGAUGGGCUAAAGACUCCAACUCCCUCUCGAAAAGACAGUGAACUAACAGGGCCUCGUUAUGCAGAGUCUGAAAGGGGAGCAGGGUGCGGUGACACAGUCAGCCACAGCUCCAGUCCCAGCGCCUCAAGCAUUGCUUCUUUGCUGACGGAAGGAGCAGAGUUCCCAUUCGCAGAUAGUAACAGCAGUGGCCGAAGCAGUGUGAGGGAGGUGCGUGUGUGCGGUGAAAUGAAUUCUGGGAAUGUGACUCCCACCGCUCUGGACCUUGCUACUACUGCCCCUCAUCCAAGUGCUGAUUUGAGUUCAGAACUAAGCUUUGCAGAGUCAGUGGUGGAGGAGGUAAGCAAGAGGCUGCAGGUCAGUUUGGAAGAAAGUACCCUGAAGACUACAGAGGGUUCCAGUGAGGAUAAUGCAGUUAACCAAACCACACUGUCCACAUUUGAAACCCCCCUUUCCAAGGCAGCUGAGAGCCCAAAGUCACCUAACUUAACCUCUAUAAGCAUAGGAUCAAAGAACAUGUCAGUGAAAGUUGGAGAGAAAGGGCACAGAACUGCCAUAAGAGGAAUAAAUUUAGGCUCUCAGUCGUCCACCUCACACCUCAUCACGACUCAACGGGAAGAUGGAGACUCUCCAGAUAUAGCAAGGGAAAACUCAGGAGCCAGGAGGAGGGCUCGGAUAUUCUCUUGUGAAACUGUAGCCCCGCCGUGUAGCCCUGCAGCUGAGAAAGAGCAAGUACCCAGGGGUGAUUCUCCUGUCCAGCUCCACAAAGCCAUAUGGGUGGAAACACACCUGGGAGAGGAAGAGGAAUGGGAGAGGGAGGGGGAGGGGGAGAAGGAUAUAAUGAAAGAAGAGGAGGAGGGCUUAAGAGCAGACUCGCCUCCCGUGCUGGCUAUACCUGUCACAGUAAUUCCUGAGGACGAGUCAGUCGCUCAGGGCACUGCAGACAGCCCUUCUACCCCCUCAGAGACUUUGCUGUCCAGUGGCAGCUUUCCAGAACCUGCCAUCUCCUUGGCACCGACUACAGGGGAGUUCCAGACAACCUUUCCGAAGCCAGAGGAGGCUGACACUGGCACACACUCAAAGCAAAGUUCACUUCAGGAGAAACGCAGAUCGAGAGAAAUCCGUGUUACGCGCAAGACCGUGAAUCUGCCUUCAAAACACAAGGUUUUUGCCCAGAAAGUGUACGUUAGCCCAGAGCCAAGUUUGGAUGGGAAUGAGCCGACGGUAGAGGAGUACAGCAGAGAUUCAGUUUCAAAGACUUCAGAAACAACUGAAGUGAAACCACUUCUAAUCCAUCAAAACAACAACAAUGUGGAAUUUAAAGUGGCUGAGCUUGAGCCACUUCCAGCAGCACACUCUGACACAAACGCUCCUGAACCCUUAGUAGAAAAACCAGACUCAGAGGCCUCUGACUUAGGUGAUUUCUCUGCAACCACAGACAUGAACAGAGCAAAGCCACAAGCGGUGGAAUCUGGGUUAAAAGGCCAAAGGACUAACCAGGCUACACCCUCUAAACGAGAUGUUACAGCUGCAGCAGAAAGUCGGCAUACCACAGCAAGUGGAGCAAGGAGCCCAUCCUCAGCAGCUGGCAUCAAGGCCAAAACUGUGACAACAAAGGCUAAGGCCUCUCCAGAGAGCACAAAAGUGGGAACUUCCAGUGAUUUGCCGCUACAGAGGGAACAUAGCAAUGAUAAAACUGCUUCUGUGUUACCAACAUUAAAAGACAAAAACACAAGUGGCCCCUCAAGUGCAACAGGUUCAAAGUCUAAAAUCCCCAAAAAGUCAACAUCAGAUGCUGAAGUGAAAUCACCAGUGACACCAGAUAAAACAUCAGUGACUGAUGCGUCUGGGUUAGUGGCCACCUCCAAACUGCAGAAACAACCCAAAACCAAAGAAUCUUUGAAAUCUCCAGUAACUACAACCAAAGCUGGCAGGAAACCAAGUUUUGAAGAAGCCAAGGGAAGAAGAGCCCUAUCAGGAGAAAUUUCUCCCACAAAAACAACACACAAGACAGGAACUAAGGCUAUUAAAGAAACAUCAGAUGCGCCCAGUGACUCUAUAAGCCUGGUAAAUGGCAUGGAGAAAGACCACAAGGAGCAUAGUAUUAAAACAGAACACCCAACUGACAGGGAGAGCCCGGAUGUCAAAAAACAAGGGCAAAGUCACCUGGAGAGUAAUACCUCCCUGGCAUCGAAGAGUCGGUUGCCCAUUUCAUCUCCGACAAGAAAGGGGAAGGAUGAGAUAACUCAAAGUGGAAUAAACUAUAAAAAAAUUACAUCUAGUCAGACAGACUCCAUCAGACCCAAUACAGUCCAGAAGCAGAGCCCAGAGCAGAUAGAAGUAACUCCUGGUGAGAGACCUGGUAGUGAGUCACCACCCCCGCUCUCUGAAAGUCCCAAGAAAGGAAGCAUGCUGUCAACAAGGCCAUUCAAACGCCUCUCUAAAAGAAGCACUAGCCAUGAAGACAGUGACACACCCACCCUGUGUGUCUCUCCACCUCCCACCAAGCAAGAGAAAACUGUCUCUUCGAGGCUCUCCAAACAGAGCGACAACAUCAAACACCACAAAGAUCCGGUAAAGGAUUCAGCGGAUCCCUCGUCAUCUGUAAGCAAGCUUCCUCGAGGUGAGAGAGGCUCCAACAAAGUAAAAUCCAGAAAACAUUCACCGACUCAGAAUUCUGCAAGCACAUGUACACCUGAACAGGAGGACUCAAAUCAGAACACUCACACAGAGACAGCUGUCAAAGCAUCAGAGAGUGUCCGAGCAGAACAAGGGACUGAUAAUCCCAGUGGUGACAGAUUUAAUUUCAAGUCUCUGUUUGCAGGGAAAGACAUAAUAAAACUCACAAACAAUCAGUCCAGUACCAGUGAAAUCAAUGUGAAAGAAGAAGAGACAAAGGAAUUAGCGGAGCGCUUAACCAGUCCUACAACUAAAGAGAUUUCAAACAUCCAUAGCUCACUUACAGGCCCAGGACCUGAGGUAUCGCCUAGCAGUGUGGUUGUCAGUGCAAGUCCAUCUCAGUCUCCAGUUGCUGAUGUAAAUAAUGCUGAUAGCCAGGGUGGACGGUGUGAGACCAAACAACAAACAAGAGCUGAGUCUCCAUCUGAUAAUGUAUCUCCCAUUCAAAGUGACAACACCACACAGGGACAGGAAACACUGUUCUCACCAAAGAUUUGUCCAGAAGAAGUAAAAGAGACAGACGUUUUAGAGACAGCCCAGCUAAUAAAUAACAUAAAACCACAUUUAAUCCAAGAGAAAAGCCUUCCAGAGACAAAUUCUGCUCAGGAAAUAAAACCAGCUCAUGAGGAUGUAACUGAUAUGUCAGCCAAACCUGUUGCUGUUGAAAGCAUUCACUGUGACAUAAUUACCCACUCUGAUCAGGAAGGUGUUAUGCCCCAUAGUGGUUCACUUAAAACAAAUACGGUCAUUUCUAACGAAUAUAAUGCCAGACAUUGUCUAUCUGCCAACUUGGCCUCAAAAGACCAAGAUGCAGAGCUAAAAGAUGUACUUUCAGCCACUUCUAUUGCUGUUUCAGUUAAUGCUAACCUGGCCACAACAGAGCAACAAAGGGAGUCAUUGAAGGAUCCAACCACAAAUAUCAUUCAUGAAAAUGAUAGAGUGCCCCCAUUAAGCAGAGAUUUCGUAAAAGAUUUUGAGGUAGAAGAGAAAAGUAAAGAGGAGGUUGGCAGGAAACCAGCAGAGGCUUUGGACAUUCACACAGUGACUGUAAGUGUUUGUGAACCGCCCAAGAAUGUUGAAAAUCAGCUGGACAAAGAGCCUCUUUUUCUGGCAGGAGAAUUUGAAAGUCAGAAGAAAGAGUCCAAACCAAAUGAAAAGCGGAAUGAUGCAGCAGUGGAAAGCACUGACUCACAGAACAGUUGCAAAGAGGAGCUCAAGGGCAUAACAAUUAUGGACAAAGCCGACAAAGACAUUACAAAACCAGAGAAACCAACACAUUCAUCAUCACAUGAAAAACAUGUACAGCCUGAGUCAAAGGAGGAACCACAGACGGUGGUUACAGAUGCCCUGAAAGAGAAGAAGACAGAGGCAGAGGAAGCAAGAAGUGCAGUCCGGGAAAAUAUAGCCAGUGUUGUUGAUACAAAGCAGGAAUGUGAGUUCCUUUUAAAAGAAACUGCAGAGGGUGGCGAUAAGGAAACAGAUCAGCAGAUGAAGGCGUCAACUGUGAAAAAAGUAUUUCUAACCAAAGAUGAGGAAGUUAGGGACAACGAAGAAAAUCAGGAGGGCAAACACAGUGAUGUUGUAAAGAAGAGUCUAAAAUCCAAAAGCACCAAAACUCAGAGUGCUGAAGGGACUAAAGUAGAGAGGGAAACAAAGGAUCCAUCCAGGAAGACUUUACCAAAUGAGACUGGAGUUGCGACGGCUAACUCUGAAGUUAGCAACCAACCGGACCAGAAGUCCACAACUGUUAUUCAACAUGAGGAUGUAACAAAACCAGACAAACCUAAGUCAACAGAAUCCAAACCUCUAAAUACUGACCUCAAACAGGAACCAGAAACAGUAAGAACAGACGUUCCAGAGAAGGAAUCAGAAAGCCAAAUUCAAAAGCUAAAGGUGGCAAGCACCAAAACUCAGAGUGCUGAAGGGACUAAAGUAGAGAGGGAAAGAAAAGAUUCAUCCAGGAAGACUUUACCAAAUGAGAUUGGAGUUGCGACGGCUAACUCUGAAGUUAGCAACCAACCGGACCAGAAGUCAACAACUGUUAUUCAACAUGAGGAUGUAACAAAACCAGACAAACCUAAGUCAACAGAAUCCAAACCUCUAAAUACUGACCUCAAACAGGAACCAGAAACAGUAAGAACAGACGUUCCAGAGAAGGAAUCAGAAAGCCAAAUUCAAAAGCUAAAGGUGGCAAGCACCAAAACUCAGAGUGCUGAGGGAGGUCAUGAGAAGACGGAAACAAAGGAUUCAUCAAUGAAGAGUUUAUUGAAUGAGAUUGUAAUUGAGAAUGCAAAGUCUGAAAUAAGCACCCAAAAGGACCAGAAGCCUUCAAUUGUCAAAGACGAAUAUGUGGAGAUGUCAAAACCAGAGGAAAACAUUGAUCAAUCCACAGAUUUCAAUGCCCCAAAUGCUAAUUCUGUUGUUUUCAUAACUGAAAAAGCAUGCAAUGAGACUGCUAAGAAAAAGGAACAGAAAAACCUCAUUAAAGAGGGUAGUGAAGUGACAAAGCAUGAUGAUCAGCUGAUGAAGGCAUCAAAAAUAGGUGCUAAGCAGGAGUUGGAACCCAUUUUUGUAAAAGACACAUCUAGCAAAAAAGGUGUUGGACAACAGAAAGACACACCCACUGUUGUUCCAUAUAAAGUACUUAAAAGUUGUAAUGCUCCAAAGAAUGAUGAAGGCACCAAAGAAAAAACUAAAACAGAUAGUGUGUUAAAACAGGAACUGCAGACUUUAGGAGAAGAGAAAACCAGAAAUGUCAGUGAUCCACAAAAGCCUGCAAAGCCAACAACCAAUGGUAGCAUGUCUCUCGCUGCUACAGCGAAACCAUCCUCUCCAUCUCAAAGUCCUGAGACAAAGAAGGAAUCUCCAUCUAGCUGGUUAGAUGUUGAACAUCAUCAAAAACAGAAGAAGAAGGAGCAUAAGAGAAGACUAGAUGCCUCAGCCAGUGAGGAUGAAUCUCUUGAGCCUGAUGACUUUGAUGAUUUUAUCAAGAGCGUUAAGGACUGCAGCAUUCCUUUCUCACUACCUCCAAAGAGGCAUAUUUGUAAAAAGUCCUCAUCCCCACCUUUUGCCAUGCCGGCCAUAAAGGAGGAUCAUUUUGAGAGAACGUUUGAUCCGGAGGAAUUCCAGUUCGGUUUAAGAAAAAACAGCAAAGGUUUAAGGGAUCCUUCCCCAGCUAUGUUAAUUAAACAAAAAGCAGAGACUAGGGUAGGAAAACGUACACACGAUAAUGCCAUGCACACAACUAGAGACCAAAUGAAAUCCCUUGAUGAGAUGGAAGGAAAAGAUGGAGUCAAAGAGGGGACACAUAUUGAAGCAGAAAAAGAACAGGGACAAAACAAUGGAGAAGAGCCUGGAAAGCUGACAUCACGACUUGAAAGGAUGUCCAUCCUCUCCAGCUUACUGAACUCCCCUCGAUCCUCCAGGAAGACCAAAGAGGAAGCUAUCUCCGCCUCAAAUAGCACACGUUCAUCUAAUCAACAACAGGACUUGCCCUCGCUUGAAAAGCAGGGAGUUGUUGAUUCACCUCUGCCUGGCGCUGAAGCAGAUAAGGAGGGAGUGAAAGGUAGAGACCAAGGCCCGCUUGUGGGUGAGUCAGCACUCAGUCCCUCCUCUCCUCCUCCUUUGCCCUUGUUCACUGAGAUAAAGCUGCCCGAUCAUUUAGAGAAAUAUCUCAAGAAGAACAAAAGAGGGUCUGAGGCCUCCCAGGGCUCUACACAGACGUCUGAAACUAAACUAAAUCCCGAGAGGAGUACUGUGAUGGACAAGGCCUCAGUAGCAGGAGUACCUAAUGUGGAUGUGGGCCUGAAAGACCCUGUAGGUGUGCGUCCAACCAGCAACUCCAGCCAGCAUACUUCUCAAAAUGGACUUUCUACGUCUAAGACUAAGAUACCUGCAGUAAGAGGGUUCCACAAAAGGCCUGGAAAGAUUGUCAUCCAUGAACAAGCUCAGUUUGAAGGGGAAACGUUUGAACUCUACAGUGAUGUAGAGGAUGCCACCACAAUGAAGCUGUCCCCUGUUAUCUCAGUCAGAGUCAUCAGAGGAUGCUGGCUCCUCUAUGAAAAACCUGGCUUCCAGGGUCGUGUCAUUGCCCUUGAGGAAGGUCCCACAGAGCACAUAGUGAAUAUGUGGGCAGAGGAGGAAACUCCAACGACACUAGAUCAGAAGGGUCAGCCUGUACCUACAGCACCUGUGGUCAUAGGUUCUCUCCGAUUGGCAGUUAGGGAUUACAGCAUACCCCGAAUUGACCUGUUUGCAGAGGUGAAUGGGUUGGGGAGGAUGUCGUCUUACUGUGACGACACUGUAGAGAUUGGCUCCUAUGGGAUUCCACAGACCACUGGCUCCAUUAAGGUCCAUUCUGGAGUCUGGCUGGUGUACACUGAUCCAGGGUUUGAAGGCUUUGUAGGAGUGCUGGAGGUGGGGGAGUAUCCCUGCCCAGAGGCCUGGGGUUUCCCUGAGCCCUUCAUCGGGUCUCUCAGACCCCUCCGAAUGGGACUAAUUAGGGUGGAUCAUCCUAAUGAAUUAAAGGCCUUGGUGUUUGAGAAGCCCAACUUUGACGGAGAGUGCAUAGAGGUCGACAGUGAUGUGUACAACUUGCAAGAAGAACCGGGAGAGGAAAAAACAGGCAAACCGGACGACAAGAAGAAGACAUUGUCUGCAGUGGGGUCUAUAAAGAUACUCGGUGGUCUCUGGGUGGGCUAUCAAGAGGCAGACUUCGAAGGCCAGCAGUACAUCCUGGAGGAGGGGGAGUAUCCUCACUUCAGUGACUGGGGAGGAUCUGAGGACGGGCUCCUGUCACUCCGGCCUGUACGCACAGAUUUCCUGUCCCCCCAUAUUAAACUGUUCACUGAGCGGCACUGUGAUGAGCUGGGGCUCAACGUGGACUUGAUGGUUCCUGUCUUCAACAUGGAGGAUGUCGGCUACGGUGUCAAAACUCAGUCUGCCAAAGUCAUGGGUGGAGUGUGGGUGGCAUUUGAGAAGCCUGGAUUCAGCGGAGAGCUCUAUGUCUUAGAGACAGGCCUGUAUGCAAGCCCAGAGGACUGGGGAGCCCAGGACUUCAAGAUCUCAUCCAUACAGCCUGUUUUCCAUGACACACUGAUGGGAACAACAAAAUUUAAGGUGCAGCUGUAUUCUGAGCCAGACUUCCAGGGAAGGCUGGUGGCUCUGGAGGACAGCGCAGCAGCUCUAGAUGAGGAUUUCAUACCCAGGUCCUGUAAGGUGCUGGCUGGCAGGUGGGUGGCGUAUGAGGGAGCCCAGUUCACAGCGAACAUGUAUGUGUUGGAGGAGGGAGAAUACCCCAACACAGAGGCUAUGGGCUUCCUGUCAUCAGACUCUACCAUCCGCUCCAUCCAGACCGCUGCACAUGAGCUUUCUCUGCCCUCCAUCAUCUUGUUCAGUAAGGUGGGCUGUAGAGGUCGCAGAGUGGUGUUGACAAAUGGAGACGUGAACCUUCAGCAGGCAGGCCUGGAUGCACACAUACGCUCCCUGGUGGUGGAGGGAGGAAUGUGGGUGUUGUAUGAAGGCAGUAACUACUGUGGUCGACAGCUGCUUCUCCAGCCAGGUGAAGUGGGCGAUUUGUGCAAGUUCAGUGGCUGGCAGCGAAUAGGAUCCCUACGUCCAUUACUCCAGAAGCCGCUGUACUUCCGUCUGCGGAACAGGAAGACGGGAUGUGUGAUGUCCCUGACAGGAACUUUGGACGACAUCAAGCUGAUGAGGGUUCAGGCUGUGGAGGAGACAGGAGGGGUAGAGCAGGUCUGGCUCUAUCGGGAUGGGCUGCUUACCUGCAAGCUGGUGGAGGACAGUUGCCUGGAGACCUCAGGCAGUGUGGUGAUGGCGGGCAGCAGACUUUGUGUUUCCCCGGAGAGAGGCAAAGACAACCAGCUGUGGAAUAUCACCCCGGAUGGCCUGGUGCACUCUCACCUCAAACCUGAGCUGGUCCUGGAGGUCAAAGGAGGUCAUCAUUAUGACAAGAACCAGGUGAUCCUCAACACAUUUGAAGAGACAAAAUUGGACCAAAGGUGGACCUUGGAGAUCCUGUGAUCAGAUGACCAGCUCUCCUGUGGCCCUCACAGCUUUCUACUGCAGAAACAGACACUGCAGUCUUUUGUAGUAUUUUAAUUCUUGUUGAGGAGAGUAACCAAAUACUGGAUCAAUGUAAUAACUAUAAAAACAAAUUUCAGAAUGAGUGAGUAAAAACAUGGCUUUUUUUAGCCAUUUGAUUUCUCACACUGUAUAUCAAAGACUCUAUGCCCUCUCUGUUUUCACUGCGUGAAAACUCAGCCCUGUUUCGAUGCUGCAUACUUUAAUAUGGUACUUCUUCAUGCAUCAUUCGAUUAUAAUGUCGGCAAAUUGAAUGUAUUCUGUACAUUGACAGCUGCAAUAUGAAGUCUGAUGUGUCUACACUCCAAAGAUCUAUGUAGAGUAAGAGGUUUUCUUUUUGUAAUUUCUGUAGAUCAACACUGAUCUAAUAUAAAGUGAUAUCUUUUUAGGAUUUUACAGGUUUACAUUUUUACACAAACUAUACUUUACUACAUUAGAUUGUACAUAAGAAUCAUGUGUAUACAUUUUAAAUUUCAAAGCAGAACUGAAAUAACAACUCUGCCCACUGUUGAUUGUAAAUAUGUGAAUGUAAAAGAGAAAACUGUUACACAUGAAAAUAAGAAUGUGAUUUUCUUUCUUGUGUCUUUUUUAGAAAAUAAAUAACACUGUUUUUA